UCGGUCUUUUGCAUGCGUCUGCCUGCCAUUUUUAAUUUCGUUGCGGCCCGGCUUGUUUGUUGUCGUCUGUCACCGUUGUAGAUUUUGUAAAUUGUUUUUCUAUCUUUAUUUGACUACUAAAACGGUGCUAGAUAAGUUUGUGUAAUGGCGGAUCGUGGAAGGGGAAGAGCGCGCAGCCGUGCAGGUCGCGGCGGCGAAGUUCCGGGAGCGGCGCCGCGCCGGCCGGGGGAGGCGGCGCAGGCAGGGCCUUCAGCGGCAGCUGCGCCGCGGCCGCAGCCGCCGUCGGCGUGGGGCCCGCCAGCCGUGGCGCCGCCCGUGCGUGCUGGCGUACCCGCGCCCGCGGCACAGGCCGGUCGCGCCUCGCACCGCACCACACCCUCCACGCACGACCACCCAGGAGACGUCAACGUGCAGCAACGCAUGCAACAGCUAGAUAUCGGGCAACCUCCGCAAGGCGCAGGCGCGGCGGGAGGCGACGCCAGCAGUGUGGUGGUAGGCCGCGGGUCGCGCCGCGGCGGCGGACGCGUCCUGCCUGAACAGAUGACCGUGUUGCGCACGCGCCCAGACACCAUCCAGUCCAAAAAAGGUGAAGCCGGCACACCGCUAGAUUUAAUAGCAAACUACUUCCAUGUGGAGACUACUCCGCAAUGGUGUCUUUAUCAGUACCAUGUGGAUAUAUCUCCCGAGGAGGACAGCACUGGCGUCCGCAAAGCUUUGCUGCGUGUCCACGCGAAGACUCUUGGAGGGUAUCUAUUUGACGGAAUGGUGCUGUACACAGUAAAAAGACUGCAUCCCGAUCCUCUUGAACUUUAUUCCGAUCGUAAGACUGACGGCGAGCGAAUGCGCAUAAUGAUCAAGUUGACCUGUGCUGUAAGCCCUGGAGACUACCACUACAUCCAGGUGUUCAACAUCAUCAUCAGGAAAUGUUUCAACCUUCUGCAGCUGCAACUCGUUGGAAGGGACUUCUUCGAUCCACAAUCUAAGGUUGACAUUCCAGAAUACAAGCUUCAGAUUUGGUCAGGGUUCAAGACCACAAUUAACCAGUAUGAAGACCGAUUGCUGAUGGUAACUGAAAUUACUCACAAGGUGUUGAGAAUGGACACGGUCCUACAGAUGCUUCAAGAGUACACUGCCACCAAAGGGGGGAACUUCAGAAGGAUAUUCACAGAGGAUGUUGUUGGUACAAUUGUGAUGACGGACUACAACAAACGCACGUACCGCGUUGACGACGUCCACUGGCAGGCGUCGCCGCUCUCAACCUUCAAGAUGAAGGACGAAAACGUCACCUACAUGGAUUAUUACGCGAAGAAAUACAACAUCCGCAUCCACGACACGAACCAACCGCUGUUGGUGUACCGCGCGAAGGCGCGCGAGAUCAGGUCUGGUAUGCCGGAGCUGGUGUACCUCAUCCCGGAGCUGUGCCGCCAGACGGGCCUCUCAGACGACAUGCGCAAGAACUUCCAGCUGAUGAAGUCGAUGGGCAUGCACACCAAGAUUGGCCCUGACACUCGUAUACAGAAGCUACUCGCCUUCAACCGUCGCUUCACGCAGACCAAGGAGGUCGUCGAGGAGAUGGGAUCGUGGAACCUGAAGCUCUCGAAAGACCUGGUGAGGUUCAAAGGUCGUCUGCUGCCACCAGAAACCAUCGGGCAGGGCAACGGCAUCAAAUAUCCCGCCGGAGACACGUUUGACGGCUGGACGCGCGACAUGAGGUCGAAGCCCCUGCUGACAAUCGCGAAGGUGGCGUCUUGGGUGAUGAUCACGCCGGAGCGCCAUCGUCGCGACGCGGAGUCUUUCGUCUCGCUCAUCAUGAAGACUGGCAGUGGUGUCGGCUUCAACUUGCCCAGGCCUGAAAUAGUCCCUUUGCAGCGCGACGGACAAAUGGAUUAUGCAAACGCUUGCGAAAACACAAUCGCACGCAAAAAUCCAACUUUCAUCCUGUGCGUGUUGGCCAAGCAACUACCAGACAGGUACGAAGCCAUCAAGAAGAAGUGCACGGUAGACAGGGCAGUGCCGACCCAGGUGGUGGUGGCGCGUAACAUGACCAGCAAGUCUGCCAUGUCUAUCGCUACCAAGAUCGCCAUCCAAAUCAACUGCAAGCUCGGCGGUGCUCCCUGGAGCGUAGAAGUGCCGAUGGCAGCGCUAAUGGUGAUCGGUUACGACGUGUGCCACGACACGCGGGCCAAGGACAAGAGCUAUGGCGCGUUCGUCGCUACCCUCGACAAGCAAAUGUCGCAGUACUACUCUACCGUCAACGCCCACACGUCGGGUGAAGAGCUCAGUGCACACAUGGGCAUCAACAUCGCGUCUGCCGUCCGCAAAUUCCGCGAGAGGAACGGUGUGCUGCCUAGUCGCAUCUUCAUCUAUCGCGAUGGUGUCGGCGAAGGUCAAAUUCCGUACGUGCAUAGCCAUGAGGUGGCGGAAAUAAAGAAAAAAUUGGAGGAGAUAUACGCAGGCGCUCCGGUGAGGAUGGCGUUCAUAAUCGUGUCAAAACGCAUCAACACGCGCAUCUUCGUGGACCGCGGCCGCGGCGACAACCCGCGCCCCGGGACCGUCAUCGACGACGUGGUCACGCUGCCGGAGAGAUACGACUUUUACUUAGUGUCUCAGUGUGUUCGCGAGGGGACUAUUGCUCCGACCAGCUACAAUGUGAUAGAAGAUACUACCGCAUUCGUGCCCGAUAAAGUCCAAAGGCUCACGUACAAGCUGACGCAUAUGUAUUUCAACAACUCGAGCCAGGUCCGCGUGCCCUCGGUGUGCCAGUACGCACACAAACUCGCCUUCCUCGCCGCGAACAGUCUACACAGCCAGCCGCACUACUCACUCAACGAGACACUUUAUUUCCUGUAGAUUCCUACAACUUGCAUUUUUGUUUUCAUAUAUUUUUUUACAUUUUUAUAACUCGUAUAAAUACCUCAUUGUUCGUAUUUGAAUUAGAUAUAAGUUUGACGCAAAUGGCAUUAUUAGGUUAAGGUAAAACGUACCACCGCCAUUACGUUAAGUUACAUGGAGCUGCUAGUCUACGAGUGGAACCUUGUGACAGACGGAAUCUCCAGGCUAAUGUUAAACUAAGGACAAGCUGCCAUAUACUUGGGAAGUAUCACGCGAGACAAAUCUGUCGUUAUAUACUAUAUCAUUAGUAAGUGAUUAUUGUGAUAUUUCGAUUAAAAUCCUAGAUAUGCCAUCAGGUUUAAUCAUGAGAACCUCCAGCCUUUUCAAAUUUCAUUAUUCAUUAAACUUGUUGGCGUGUUUAGGUGGUCUAGUCUGAAAGAGUAGAUCACCUAUUUGUUAUGCUUAAGACAUUUAAGUGUUUUGAUUAUUAGUGUAAGUUUUCUAAAAAAUACGACUGUCGCAUUUAAAUUCCUUUUUUAUUUGAACUUUAAUUGUUAAUACUUAAGAAAAAUUUAAGUGUUAUGAUGACAAAUUAGGAUAAGUUUUCUUAAAAAUAUAACUUUUCGUUUAA